AUGAUUCCCUCCGUCUCGCACAAGUCGCAGUUCAGUGCCCUUCCGCCCGAGAAGGCUAGGGCCAUGGAGCGCCUUGUCAAGGAUCACCAGAUGAUCAAGAAGCGCACGAAGCGCACAUUCCAUAUGUUCCCAAAGGGCAACAUGGAAGUCAAGGCGGCGAGUGCUGAUGAUAUAACGGCUGUGGGCACCUCCGGUGCUCGCGAUUUCAACCACCUCAAUGCCGUCUCUGAAGUCAACGACCUCGCCGUUCCCCGUUCUCGAAAACCCGCCACGUCAAUAACGUCCGCCACACCCUCAGCCUCCACGCCAUAUCCCACGUCUGCCACCUCCGCAAACAACACCUCCGCCCCAGGCUCCGCCAAUACCGAGAAAUCCGGUAGCGGCUCGUCCACAUCCAUAUCCAACGCAUACGGCGGGCUCUCCGUCCCGCAGACGCCCAGCGUGCAGGUCCGCUCGAUGAAGGAGUCGAUCUCGCAGCUCGGUCUCGGCGGCCAGCAGAACGGGGGCCACCAGCCACUCGCGCUCGCGGGCGGGAACGCGCUCAAGGCGCGCCCGGACCUGUUUGGCUAUGGCGUGCCCACGUUUGGCGGGAGCCCGAGCUCGAGCACUAGCAAUCUGCUGAGCGUCGGUAGCGGGAGCCGUGUGGCUAGUGCUGCGAGUUCGACGGAGAGUCUGCCUUUGCGGCCGCUUCCGCAUCCUCCGCCGUCGGGGUCGUCGAAGCACGGUGCGGGCGCGACGCGGGUUCCGGAUGGGUAUCUUCAAGUGGGCCCGGGGCCUGGUACGCUCAAGGUGUCGACGAGCGAGCCUGUUGUUCCGAGGACGAGGGCUGUUACGCUCGAGGGCAGGACAGAGCUGAGGGAGCUCGGGCACGCGAUGGAAUGGAAGGAAGAUAGGGAGAGGGCGCAGGCUUUGGCUGCGGUGUAUGCGCGUGCGCAUGCUCACACUCAUGGAGCUUCGCCGCAUGGGCCACGGAAGCAGCUGACGCUGCAUACUUUCCCGUCCGUGCAAUCUAUCCCUGAGGAGAAGGAAAAGCAGCAGCAACGAGAGCGUGCGCAGGAGGGAGAGCCCAAGGCUGCGUCGAGGAGCACCACCGUCAGUAACAGCAGCGACAGCCCACCAGCACCACGGGCCUGCAAGCCAAAAGAGCGCAAGGUGCUGCCGCCCCUCCUCAUUCCGCCACAUCCAUCGCGCAGGGACAUCAUUUUGUGCUCCCCUGAGCCCCUAUCACAGCCACAGCCACCGCGACGUCAGCGGGAGGGGUCGCCGCGCCCCGACGACGCGCAUCCCGACCCUAGCUUGAUCGUUGACGUGUCCCCGUCUACCUUAAAACGGCGCUCCACCCGCAGCCGCACCAACUCAGCACCACUUCUGCCGUCCCCCUCGACGGACCAGCGCACCCACCGGAGGCCAGGUACCGCGCAGACGAGUUUAUCGCCCACGACGCGUGGGCCUGUAUCACAGUCGCUGUCGCAGGUUCGCUCAUCGACGCACGCGCAGACGCAUAGGAAGGCUACGAGCAAGUCUGGUGCAGAUAUGGCUGCGCAUGUUUCUUCUGUUCUCCUCACUGUCGAGCCGCCCACCGCCGUGCGGCCUAAAGAGCCUUCUGUGGGCGGCUCCGAGCGCGGUACCGCCGCGACGCCGAACACUCAGCCGCCCGCCUCGCCGUGGAGCCCCGCCCACGGAACCGAAUAUGUCGCCGCGGGGGCGUCCUCGAGCUCGAGCUCGGGCAGCCGGCCGUACAGCCUGUCCAAGCAGCGGUACGUGCGCCCCGCGACGUCGCACAGCGCUGGCAGCGUCCCGCCCGUGCCCGCCGUACCACAUGGCGCGCCCCCGAGCGAGGAGACGAUCCGGGAGAUGAACGAGGCGGCGGCGGUGCGCAUGCGGCGGCUGAGCGAGGUGUCGGUGGUCGAUGUGAUGAUGGCGAUGGAGCCUGCGUAUCGGCAGAGUGUCGAGCCGCCGAUGGGGCUGUCGCCUGCGGCGGUUAGGGCGGCGCAGAGGGCGCAGGUGCAGGUGCAGGUGCAGGCUCAGGCGCAGGCGUCGCAGGUGCCGAGUUCGCCUGUGGUUGAAAGAGAUAAUGUGGAGCUGGAGCGAGAGAGGCGGGAGAAGGAGAGGAAGGAGAAGGAGAGGCGGGUCAGAGAGGCGAGGGAGAGGGAAAAGAGGCAUAAAGAAAAAGAGGCGAAGAUCGGGAGCGAUGGUGGCAGCAGCCACAAGACCUCGAGCGACGCCGGGAGCGGUGUCGUCCGCAUCGACGGCGGGGAAGACUCCGACGCUGGCUCCUUGGUCGUGGAGAAGAAAGACGCGUGGCCGUGGGCGCCGCCCGAUGCAUGGGCGGGUCCGCAAGCCGCUAGCACCAACGCCAACGCUGGCUCUAACACGAGUCUUCCGUUGGCGGGCAAGCCACUCACCAAGUCACCCUCGCCCGCCACGUCGACCCGGUCCGGCACGUCCGCCAACGCCGCGGCCACCACUACCACCACGUCGUCGUCGGGCAAGUCCAUCUUCGGACGCUCGCGCGGGCACAGCGUGAGCGGAGACACCGCGAACGUCGAAAAGCGGGGCGCGCACGCGGGGACGUGGAUUCCCCCGUGGGCGAGCUCGAGCUCGGGUUCGAAGACGGCGGCGAGUGGGUAUAGGAAGGGCUCGGAGCCGUUCUUGGAGGAGGGUUUGAAGGCUGCUGCUGCGGAGGCGUUUAAGAAGGCGGAGGUGGCUAAGAAAAUCGAGGCGGCUAAGAAGGUAGAGGCGGCUAAGAAGGCUGAAGCGUCCAAGAAGGCCAAGGCCGCGCAAGACGAGUAUUCGGUCAGGGUGCAGCGGCACGAGGGCGACAAGGGGGAGGAGACGCGGAUGGACGAUGUGUUGCCCAAGUUGCGGGCGCUCCGACUCAAGUAA